GGCGUCGAAGAAAACGACGCCUACUUUAUUUGUUUCGCUUUUCUUUCUAUUCUCGCGAUUUUCUUAACAUUUUUCUCGAUGCCGAUUUGCAGGCAGUCAAGGAAAGAAAUCCCCCGUUUCGUGGCCGCGCCUCCUCCCGAUUUCCGAGCGCGUUCCGUUCAAUUUUUCGUUCUCUUCGAGUGCAGUGAUAAAUUUGGGUUGAGUGGUAACGCCGCCACCUAAAUGUUUUACGCCGCACGCGUUCAAGAGAGGGGGGUGUCUGUGGUCGCAUGAUUCAUAUGUGGACGAUGCUGUGUUGACCUGUGGCUCAGGUGGUGGCGACUUCUCUGCUUUACCAGCAACUACGAUCAAAUGGACGGGCAUCGAAUCUAGAAGCGACGCUUUUUUUUUUCCCCCAUCAUGAGACCCAUCAUAGACCUCGACGAAUGUAUCCGGGACUCUCCGAAAUUUCGGGAGGCACUAGAAGACAAUGAAGAGAGCAUCGAUCAACUAGAAAUUAAGCUUGAAAAAUUGGUGAAGCUGUGCUCCAACAUGGUUGAAACGGGCAAAAGUCAUGUCACAGCAAAGAGUGCUUUCAUCAAUGGCAUCUGGGAUUUGAUUGGUUAUUUCAAGGACGAUGCAUCUAUUGUGAAUUCUCUAAAUAGGUUUAUACAGAUUCUCACAGACGUGUUGAAAUACCAGUCGAUACUCCUCGAACAUGCACAGAAGUCUAUAGUAAAGAAUCUGAGCAAUUUCAUCAAGAUGGAUAUCCGCCAGAGCAAGGAGACACGGCGGCACUUUGAGAAGAUCAGCGACGACCUGGACAACGCGCUGUUCCGCAACUCACAGGUGCAGCGCACCAAGGCUUCAGAAUGUGAGGACGCCCACAAUGUGCUGAUUGCCACUCGGUCCUGCUUUCAACACCUGGCACUCGAUUAUGUUCAUCAACUCAGUUGCUUGCAGUCAAAGAAGAGGCAUGAGGUGUUACAAACUCUGUUGUCUCUAAUGGGUGCGUACAGUACUUAUUUCCACCAAGGCUCAGACUUGUUCGAGGAUUCCGAGCCGUUUUUGAAGCAGUUGGGAUCCACUCUUGACAAGCUCAGCAAAGAGUCUACUGACCUGUCAAAGCAGCUUGAUUCAAGGCACACGCUUGUUACCUCAAAGGAUGUGGUCCCGGUUGUCCACAAAGACCCCUCGGCCAACAACGGCAUCAGUUUGGAGGGAUACUUGUUCAAGCGCACCUCGAACGCCUUCAAGACCUGGAACAGGCGGUGGUUCAUCAUCCAGAAUGGCCAGCUGGUGUACCGCAAGCGCUCCAAAGAUGAGCAGCGUACCAUAAUGGAGGAGGACUUGCGUUUGUGCACUGUGAAACCCGCGCUGGAUUUUGAGCGACGGUUCUGCUUUGAGGUCCUCUCGCCUUCAAAAACUCACAUGCUACAAGCGGAUUCUCAAGAGUCGUACGACUGCUGGAUCACUGCAUUGCAGUCUGGAAUCUCUCACGCAUUAAACCAGCCAUCACGAGAUGAUGAAGAUGGAAAGCUUUCGAUGAGUGAGUGGAAGGCAUCGUCAGAUUCCUCAUUGUCAUCAAUGUCUAGGCUGAGUGCAAACCCAGUACCGAAACCUCCAAGGGCUCACAUUCAACUCACCAGCAUCGCAGGAAACGAACUGUGCUGCGAUUGCCGAUCACCCGGCCCCUGCUGGGCCAGCAUCAACCUGGGAAUCACUCUGUGCAUCGAAUGCUCCGGCAUACACAGGAGCAUGGGCGUGCACGUGUCCAAGGUGCGCUCCCUGACGCUCGACACUUGGGAGCCGGAAAUACUCAAGGUGAUGGCUGAGCUAGGCAACACAGUUAUCAACAGCGUCUACGAAGCUCGAGUGGACGAGAACGUAGCUGUCAGGGCCACGCCGGACUGCAGCAGGAGUAUCCGUGAAGCCUGGAUUAAGGCGAAGUACCUGCAGAAGGCAUUUGUAAAGCCCCUACUUGGCUCAGUGGCCUGCCUAUCUCCGUCACGUGAUGCGUUACGGGCAUCGCCAGCUGCGACACCGGUUCUGCGGAAAGCCACCCUGCCUCAGCGUUGGAGCGUUCGCAAAAUGCACCGUCGCAGGAGGACCAUUCACACCCAAGAUCAGCGCCGUGCGGACACGGGGGACACUGCUCAUGGGGUUGCCCGGCGCCACAGCAGCGCUGUCACGUUGCCAGCCGACAAGUCUCCCGUCAGCAUCGACACCCUGUCUGUGAGCUCUGUGGGCUCCGAGACCCGCUUUAGCAUGGCCUCGCAGGAGAGUGGCGUGGUCAUGAAGGAAGGCACCUCUCUGCCCCCUUCGGACAAUGAAGGAAAAGCUGCGGUUAAGGGUUCCUCCAACCAGUCCGAGGACGACGUGCUCGUCUUCGGGGAGUCUCUCGUCCCGGCCAUGCCGCCACCCUCAGAGCUGGAGCUGGACAGUGCAGAUGAGUCGCCGACACAGGACGAGGAAGACACUACCCAGGAAGAAGACAUGUCCAACCUUAGCCCCAGCUUGCUCUUGUACAGGGCAGCUGCUGCCCAUAACUUGCCAGUUAUGUGUCUUGCCCUGGCGAAUGGAGCCGACCCAAACUGGUCUAAUCCGGAUGAAGGAGGUCGAUAUCCUCUCCACCAGGCCAUACAAAGUGGCUCUAUCAUGGCCUGCGAGUUCUUGCUCCUGAAUGGUGCCAAAUCAAAUAUUUCUGAUGACAAUGAGCGCACGCCCCUCCACAUCUCUACGCUGCUGGGGAACACAGGACAAGUGUGCCUUCUACUGAAGCACGGAGCUGAUCAACACUCCGAGGAUAAAGAUGGCGCAACAGCACUCAAGAUAGCUGUGGACAAUGCCAACCCUGAUAUCGUCACCAUGCUCAGGCUCGCCAAGCUCAACGAGGAGAUACGCCGGGAUGAGUUUGGCAACCCAGGUGAUGACACCUUCAUCGAUGUUGUCCGCGACUUCUCGCACAUGGCGUCCAACAAUCCGGAGAAACUACGUCGCCAGCCAAGCAAGCAUACGGAGUGAGAAAACACCACAUUUGUUGUUGUUGUAGUGCAACGUUUCUUUUAAUAAUUAUUAUUGUUGUUGUUUGCAAAAGAAAGGAAAAAAUCGAUAUUUACCAUCUGUUGAGUACUACAGCCCUCCUUCUAAGCAUUUGUCCAACUGCUCAAGAGGUGUGUAGCCCUGCUGACACGGGUCACUAGUAUAUAUCUGUAUGUUUUUUUUCUCUUUGGAACACUGCGAUGCACUGAACACUAUGAGGCCAUGUUCUACGAGGCAGUACUUUAAAUGCUCCAGCACAUUGCAAUGUAAGCUGUAGUAUUGCAAUUUUUGUUCUGUUUUGUUUCAUUCUUAUCACUCACCAUCCAAGACUGGCCAGUAUUGUUUGAACACUGUCCAAGUUGCUAUCAAAGGGUGAAACAUUAAUGAAUUUGUAAUUUUAGUGAUUUACUUUAGCCCAGUGUUGCUGGUUUCGAAGUUUUGUGUGUUUCUCCCUUAAAGGGUUGCCGCAACGGAGCUGCCUUUGAAGUGGCGUUGUACAGCUGCGUUCGCUAUGACGACAGAUUUCCAAAAUGAUCUAUGUAUACAACAGAGCCGUUGUCCCCAGGUCAUGUUCCCAUGUUAUUUACGAACACUGCAGCAGUGUUGAUUGAGCAGUGUACAAGUGCGUGUUAGUUGAUCUUGCUACCGUUGAACACUCGACAUGUGUACCUCGGUUAGAUGAGAGGCAGCAGUGCACGACACGUUUUCACUCUUGGCUGUUGAAUUAUGUGCGUGUUUUCUCGUUUGUUCAGUGACAAUAAUGGGCACAAAAUGCUUUUCUGCUACCACACAUUCAGCUUGUGUACUGAUUUGUGUUUGGUAACAUUCACGUUCGUUUGUCAUUGUCUGUGGCGUUUCCUUUGUAAAGCCAAACUACGAUCUGUUGAAACAGUGUGCAAGGUGUGCACACGCAGUGUGUUGCGUGUAUUGUUUGCGUGCUUUUUUUCCUUGCCUGUGCUUAUGCAACAGCUUUUAUAUGCGAAUGUGUUUGCAGUUUUUUUCAAAUUCUCAGUGCAUCAGGCCUGCACUGCAUCAGCCAGCUUUUCAAAUGACUGUUAUUAUUAGCACUAUAGUCGAGAUCACUGUUGCAAGUCUUUCAGAGGCAUGUUCCUGGGGUGUGCAUUUACACUGCAUGAGAGAAAAUGUUUCUUUGAAGAUGGACAGACGUGUUUGUUUUUAUAACAGUGGUCUAGUAACGAUGUAACGCUUACAUUGUUUGCACGAGGUAUGUCACCUGAUUGCUCAGCUGAUUGAUGCCACAGGAUUCGAAAGUUCAGUUAUACGCGUGCCUGGGGACUCGAAUGUUUUGAGAUUGUGGAUCAGAGAGAUGUUUUGUAUGUGGCCGAGGCUUAGUGAUUACGUUAGCAGAGUGCAUUUGAUGUCGAGAGCUUCGGCUUAGAAAUAAGUGUUGAAGUUCUGAAGAGAUGUUCUAGUAUUCGUGAAAGCUGAUGAAUUGUGCUUUUAGAAAUCGCAGUUCGCAUCACAAUCUUUAGCCUUAGAAACAGGUGCCACUGUGAGCACUUUCUGUGUAUAAAAAUAACUGUAUUCAUAUGAUUGCUGAUUGUUUUCUUGCCUGUUAGUAGGUUGUUGUUCCAUGUAGAUAUCAGUGGUUUAUGAUUACUGUAGAAUCAAUUACGCUCCCUCUUAGUGCUUUAUACAGCCAUCAUCUAGGCAUAGCAGUUUGUAUACAUUUACAUAAAGGCGUAUAGUACUUUGUGAAAAUGAUGUUCGGGCGAGAAAAAAAAAAUAUUGUGCAGAUUGUGCCAGUAAAUCUUUAAUAUGUUGCCUUUUUUUCCAACGAAGGAAGUGCCACGUGAAACAUGUGAUGGGAGCUUGUGAGCAUGAUGUCAGAUGUGUCGCCAGGGGUGCAACAGCUGCGCCAAUUGUGCCAAUUUGAUAAAAAUUUUUAUUUCUGUGCUGAGCUGCGUCAAAACCACGAAAUUUGCUUAAAUUGAGCCACGCUGUGCCAAAAUGCCUAACCAGCCUCAAAAUUUUCUCAGUCGCGCUAACUUCAGUGACAAAUAGAGGCUACAUUGGUCACCUGCAGUUUGCGUCAUCAUCAUUCUCAUUAAGUCAGGGCACUCGCGAGACGCGAUCGACGAGCUAAAGUAACGAAGCCGCACACCCAUUUGUUUGCUGACCGCAGCGGAUACCAAUCGGUGGGACGACGCAACUUCUAGACAAAAAUGCGUUGGCCACCAACGCUUCGCGGGAAAUAUGAACUUUCUAGUUGGCAAACGUAGCUAUGGCAUGUUAGCAGCUAGAGCUGGAAGCGCAUACCGCGUUUAUUGUGCACGAACAAAGUCGACGUGCUGCGAACGUCGGUGUUUUGACCACUUUGGUUGCUAUAGCAAAAGCACAGAAAACAUUUUUCUGUAUUUAAGCUGCAUUAGUUGCAUCGUCUCGGCGAUAAAUAUAAAAUACUGAAUCGACGGGCACGUGCCUUUGUUACUUUAUAUGAUAGAACGCUGCUUGUAAGUGAUCUGAAAAGUUGUGGCCUAUACCUAACCCCAUCAUGGGGGGAAAACGAGAGGGAAAAGGGGGCAUAUCGGUGUUCAAAAAUUUCUUGGCCUUCUCAAACUUAUGCACAAUGCUGUUUAAGCUACUUUCACCGCAGUACAUUAGUGCCCUGCAGGAAAGCAUAUUGAUCCGGAAAGGGUUUUUAGCACUAAUAUUAAAUACCAGAUCAACUAGCGUGUGCCUUUGUUACUUUAUCUGGUAAAACGCGUCUUUCAAGUUAUCCAAGAAGUUGUGGCCUAAACCUAACCCCAUCGUGGGGGGAAAACGAGAGGGGGAAGGGGGCGUAUCGGUGUUCGAAAAUUUAUUGGCCUUGCUCGAACCUGUGCAGAACACUGUUUAAGCGACCUUCGCCGCAGUACAUUAAUGCUCUGCGGGAAAGUGUACUGCGUAUGGAACGGGUUCUUAGCACUUGUCACGGAAACAGCUCAUUUUGUUUAAUUACUCGUGUCUUUGCCACCCCUACUCCUUUACAAAUUCCCCUAUUUUCAAGGUCGCCAGUUUGACAAAUCCACAUUUGUAUUCGCAAAGUCUAUCAAAUUAUUUGAAAGAUGCGGCUAAGCUAAUGUGGACUUUAUCAUUUUUUGCUCAGUGGGGUGGCUCAAAAAUGUUUUAUUGCAAUAAUAGUGCACUCUGCACAAUUAAGAUGAUGUUGAAUGGUUCGUACAUACUUUUUUUUAAAAUAUAAUACUCUUUUUAUACUGUUCCAAAUUUCGUCCAUCGUGACAAAAAAUGAUUUUUUUUUUCUGGAUCCUGCUCCAAAUUUGCAUUUUAGGGCUCCAAAAGUAAAAGUUUGCUGCUCCGAAAAUUCCUCCAAAUUCUAUUUUGGCUGUUGCACUCCUGUGUCUGUCUUAAACAACCCUUCUAACUUAUUUUAUUAGCAAUAUUCUUUUCAAGAUUAUUUGAAUUGCAUGAAACUUCCAAAAUUUGUUUAGUUACACAUCGUCUCUAUAGCUGAAGUCUCUUGAAAAUGUGCAGUUUGUAUCUCAUAUAGUUACAUUUUUUUUUUAGCAGCUUUAGUAUCCACUAGACUCAUGAUCAUUAUUGAAUUAUUUUGAUUCAAAACAUACAAGUUCCGUCUGGCAUGAUGUGCCAUCACCUGUGGCUUAGACAAGCAGAAGAGUCAAAAUGGUUAUUAUUGUAUUGAGUUCAAUGUUUGUCGUGGUCACCUCCUCAUGGCAAUGCCUCAUCGUUUACAAUUCACUUGCCUACUUUGUGAAUGAUUGCCUUAGGCCAUGCAAGGCUACUGCAUGUUGUUUUCUCGCUUAGAAUGUGCUCCCUCAGUUAGACAUUCCCAAACAAUUUUUGCAUUGCGAAUAGAGCUGUCAUGAACUUGCAUAAUCAGACUGUUAACUUAUGUGAAAGGCUGCAAGCAGCAGUUCCCCUCAAUUAUGCAAAUGAAUGUGCUGGAUGUUCUUCUUUAGUUUUUGGGGGGGGGGGGGCAAGUACAGAUGCUGCUGCAUAAAGUAGACUCUCGGUAAUAAAUAGGUCAAGAAAGUUUUUUUUCCACUUUGUUGUUAUAUCCGGACAAAAAAUAAGUACAGAAAACAGCUUGGUCAAAUAACAGUUAGCGUUGUUUCCGUUAUCAAGACUCCCUUGGAAAAACACACACGAGUCGCCGAAACAUGUGAAAGCUUCAAGUCUGGCUUUCAUAUGUAUAUAUAUAUAUAUAUAUAUAUGAUAGGUACGAAGCAUACCUGAUCUGUGUGUAUGCAGUUACUCACCUGUUAAGCAAUAUUCCAGUUACAUUCACCUUAUUCGAGCAUUCAAUAAUUCAUACAAAAUUACACGAGCCCAAGGCAAUUGAACGAGAGUCUACAGUACCAGCCUGUCCAAGAGAGAAUUUCGGCAUGUGUGCCAGCAGCCACAGUCAGAGGUGAUUCAGCGUUGAAAAAGAAGACUAUCCAGGAUCUCAAGGGCUCUGUGUGAUCAAGCACAGCCAAAGAGUUUUGUCCCCAGAGGCAAAGACGUCGCUGUGAUAUAUAUUUUUUUUUUCAAACUUGGGAACAAAUGUUUCUUUUAAUGUCACAACUUUAUAAGAAUAGUACAUGGAGACAGCGUAGGAAGCACCAUGUGCGUGAAGAAUGUAAUUAAUGUUACUGUGAAAGCGUUGGGAAAAAGAAUGUUUGGGGAGCCGAAGUACAAUAAAGGCAUUUUACUAAAUGA